GUGUGUGUGUGUGUGUGUGUAGGUUCUAAGGACGAUGUGUUUGCAGACCCUGUCGUUGAGCAGGAGGAGGAGCCAGAGGAACAGUCCGGUCACGGUGAGAUGGUCCAGAGGAUCCUGGACAUCCUUCGCUUCUUAUGGGCCAUAGUUCUGGCCAUGGUGGACGGUCUGUCCCAGUGGCUCAACCUGCUCACUAAACAGUACAGAGACAUUUCUACUGUUCUCUGCACUGAGCGCUACUUCAUCAUACACAAGAUACAGCAGCGUCAUACAGCAACAGCAGACUCCACAGACGACCAGAUAUCUCUGGACAGUGAGAAUCCCACACUGGAGACAUGUUUGGAUGAGACUGAAAACUCCACCAGAUACAGCUGCCUGGAGGUGGACGACAGCUGUGUUCCAGGCCAGUCUACACCCAGACCAAGGCUCAACAGCACUGGGAAUCUCUUGAGUCCUGAACCUCCGUCCAGCAGCAUGGAGCUGGUACCAGAGGAUUCCAAACUUCAACAUAGACACUCCAGAACAGCCAGUGAGCUGCUCGGAGAAAGGCAGUUCUUCAUCGAGGAGCUGGAACAGAGCAGGGACUUCUACACCAACCAGAACCGUCUGCUGAAGCUGCUUUUUGCCAUGUACAACCUGCUGGCAGCAAACUCCGAGCUGGUCUGCUACUUCAUCAUAGUGUUGAACAACGUGGCCAGUGCCUCUGUCAUAUCACUGGUUCUGCCCAUACUGGUCUUCCUGUGGGCGAUGUUGGCUGUUCCAAGGCCAACAAAGAGGUUUUGGAUGACUGCUAUCGUCUACACUGAGGUGAUGGUGGUGGUGAAAUAUCUUUUCCAGUUUGGAUUCUUUCCGUGGAACAGUGUUUAUGAGAUGACUCUAAAUGAAGACAAACCUUUCUUCCCUCCUCGCAUCCUGGGCCUGGAGAAGACGGACAGCUACAUCAAAUAUGAUCUUCUUCAGCUGCUGGUGCUCUUCUUCCACAGAUCUCUGCUCAUGCGUUAUGGUCUCUGGGACCACGAGGGCCCCCUGGAGGAGCAGAGCCCCUCACAAGAAAGUUGUACAGAUGAAACAAAAACUAGUGAAGCAGAAGUUGGAAGGAGGGAGGAGGGAGGAGGAGAGGAGGAGGAUAAGGAAGGCAGAAUCACAUCCUCGUCCACCCUGGACAACUUGGAAAUGAUUGAAGAGGACAAUGUAGACAACGUGGCCCCGAGUGCCAGCUCUGCUCCUGACUCACCACAGUCCCAUGAGGUAGAAUCAGCAGACAGACAGGACAGCGUGCUGACGGAGGAUGAGAAGGAGGGAGAGUGUGAGCAGGUGAUGGAGCAAAUACCAAAGAAAAGCAGUAGCAUUCGCUUCCGCAGGAAAAGUAAACGAGCCAAGCAACAGAGCAGCAAAGCUCGGCCUGAUCCAGUGGAGGCUACAGCUGAGAACACAGAUGCUGGUGAAGAACCAGUGAAGAAGAAGAAAGGCAGGAGGAGAGAAGCCGCCAAUCAGAAACUGCAGGCCGUAGGAAACAAGAUCAAACACAUCGUCGUCUCUGGUCUUCAGAGCGUUUAUAAGCCGACUGCAGGCUUUUUCAAGGACAUCCUCCACGCCGAGUAUCGAGCCGCCACCGACGUCUACGCCCUCAUGUUCCUCACUGAUGUCAUCGACUUCAUCAUCAUCAUCUUUGGCUUUUGGGCAUUUGGGAAGCACAGUGCAGCAGCUGACAUAGCCUCCUCUCUGUCAGAGGACCAGGUUCCUGAGGCCUUUCUGGUGAUGCUGCUCAUCCAGUUCAGCACCAUGAUUAUCGACAGAGCUCUGUACCUGCGCAAAGCUGUUCUUGGAAAACUCAUAUUCCAGGUGAUCCUUGUGUUUGGGAUACACCUGUGGAUGUUUUUCAUCUUGCCUGCUGUCACUGAAAGGUGGAGUUGAAUGAAAACCGUGCAUUUAUUAGUGUUAGGAUCAGAAUUCAUUUUAUUUGCACACACGUCCGUUGGUGAUAUGAAUUUGACCUCUGCAGUUAACCAUCCCUGUUACACACCUCUACACACACACACACACACACAUGCGGGUGCCCGGAUGGCAGUAUUCAUA